UUACUACCGUCUUUUUAAACAUGUUUUCUUAUUUGAGUAAAAAAAUUGCCAUACCAAAUAACGCAAAAUUAAAAUCAGCAUCGUGGAGCAAAGAACAUGGUUAUGUGGCUUGUGGAGGAGAAGAUGGGUUAUUAAAGGUUUUAAAACUGGAGGUACAAAAUGACACUAAGCACAAAGGCCUGGCUGCGCAAACAAAUCUGGUAAUGAAUCAAACUCUGGAUGGACAUUCAGAUGACGUCCAAGUUAUCAUUUGGAACGAAAAAUUUAGGAAAAUUACUUCAUCUGACCAGAACGGCCUUAUAAUUGUGUGGAUGCUUCAUAAAGGGGCUUGGUAUGAAGAGAUGAUCAAUAACAGAAACAAAUCUUCUGUUAAAGAUAUGAAAGUGAUUUUGUGCAUAUUUUAUACUAAUGUGAUUUAGUGGGAUUGUGAUGGCCAGAGAAUAUGUAUAGUGUAUGAAGAUGGAGCUGCGAUUGUUGGAUCAGUUGAUGGUAACAGAAUCUGGGGGAAGGAGUUGAAACAUGGAAGCCUCACAUCAGUUGAGUGGUCACCAGAUGGAAAUAUUCUGCUUUUUGGUCUGCUGACGGGGGAAAUUUGUGUCUUUGAUAGCUACGGAAACUUCCUGAACAAAAUGCCCACUUAUUGCUUGAACAAUAUACAUGGUGCUGUUCGAAUUAUAAGUUUAGAUUGGUAUAAAGGAAGAAACAAUUAUGGUAUCAGAAUGCUACCUUCAUUGGCUGUAUGCUACGAUGUUGGACGUUGUCAGCUGAUGACUAAUCAUGAAGAUCCAGAUCCAGUCCUAUUAAAUACUGGGAUUCAAAUAACCUGUUCUUGUUGGAACGAAGAUGGAUCUGUGUUAGCUGUAGCGGGAACACAAAUGUCAACUGAUCGUAAUAUAAACGUAGUACAGUUUUACAACCCAUUUGGUCAUCAUUUAAGUACAUUACUUUUACCUGGUAAAUGCUUAACAGCAUGUACAUGGGAAGGUAAUGGUUCACUUAGAUUAGCUUUGGCAGUUGAUUCUUUUCUAUACUUUGCCAAUUUACGUCCACAUUAUAAAUGGGCAUACAGUUCAACAGCGAAUACAAUAAUUUACAAUUAUGCACGUCCACAUACAUUUGAACAUUUAAUUACAUUUUGGAAUUUGAAAACAAACAAGACUAAGAUAAUUUCCGUUCAUCAUUUAAUCGAUAUUUGUGCUUCAGAAGAUUAUGUAUGCUUGAUUUGUAAACCUAGCGAUGCUGGUCAAGGGGUUAUUUUAACCAUGUAUACUGCAAUUGGUGUUGCAAUAGAAUCAAAACAUGUACAAUUUGAACCAACUCAAUCAAUGAUGACUUCAAAUCAAAUUAUUUUAAUUAAUAAAAGUUUCAUUUAUAGUUGGCAAUAUUUUACACCGAAACAAAUACUUGAUUUAGGUUUUAAAUUUACAUCAUCGACACUUCGUCAACGUGAUGGAAUUGAAAGGCUUUAUCAUAUUGAUACAAUUUCAUUAAAAACUGUAUCAUCGGAUUUGGUUGAUGAUGAUAUUUCUUCAUCAAUAUUUCAAACAAAAGUUGACUGGAACUUAAUGAAUCAACCAGUUUCAUCUGAUCCAAUAUCUACAUUGACAAUUAGUCAUUCUACUAGACGUUUACUUAUUGCUCGAGAGUCUGGUUUAAUACAAAUUUACAGGUUACCUGAUUUAUAUUAUGAAAUGAAAUUUUCAGUAGGUGAUAAUUGUCCGUAUCGGAUAUAUGUCAAUUGUGAUGCCACUUGUCUAGGUGUAAUCGAUGAAUCGGGUAUUUUUCGGUUACAUCUAAUACCAGACAAUUCCACUAGUCUUUCAUCAUCUGUCAAAUUUCAAAAUAUUGAUAAUUUCAUGAGAAAAGAUGUUUGGGAUGUUAAAUUUGAGGAAGAUAAUCCUGAUAUAUUUGCUAUAAUGGAAAAAACUCGAAUGUAUAUAUUUGAUGGUUUACAAUCUGAACCAGCAAUUCAUACAUCUACAUACCUUUAUGAAUUUAAAAAUUUAGAAGUUCAAGGUAUUCUAUUAGAUGAAUUAGUGAAAACUGUAAAUAUUCAACCAAAUGAAGAAUUUCUUUUAAAGACACCAAUAAAGAAAGUUCGAGAUUUUAAGCAAAUAUUAGAAAAAGAUGGAUUAGAAAAAGCAUCGGAAUUUAUUAAUAAUAAUCCACAUACUAAAUUAAGACAUUUAUUCAUUGAAGCUUGUUUGGAAAAGCAAAAUUUAGAAAUGGCUGAAUUACAAUUUGUUCAUUUACAAGAAUAUUCAGGAAUACAGUUUAUUAAAAGAUUGAGAAAUAUUCAGUCAAAGUUAAUUAGAAAAGCAGAAAUACUUGUUUAUUUCAAAAAAUAUGAUGAAGCUGAAACACUAUUGUUAAAUAAUGAUCGUUCAGAUUUAGCAGUAGAAUUAAGAAAACGAUUAGGUGAUUGGUUUCGUGUAGCUCAAUUAACUAAAGAUACUGGUGUACUAAUGAAAGAUUUAGAACAAGCUGAAAUAUGGAAUGGUAUAGGUGAUUAUUAUUAUAAUCAAAUGUUAUGGGAUAAGGCGGCUGGUUAUUAUCAACAAGGAAAUGAUUUGCUUAAAUUUGCUGAAUGUCUAUACCAAUUGGAAGAUUAUAAAGGAAUUGAAAGAAUAAUAGAAGAGUUACCCGACUUUCAUGAUACACUCUAUGAUUUUGGUCUUAGGUUCGCUAAUUUGGGUAUGAUAAAACAAGCUAUGUAUGCGUUCAUAAAGUGUAAUCGCCGUAAAGAAGCAAUCGAUGUCUGUUUACGUUUAAAUGAAUGGCGUGUUGCCUAUGAACUAGCUAAAUCUAUCGAUUCACAAGAUACUGAUCAUCAUCAUCAUCAUCAGGAACAACAAAAAAGAAUUGAUAAUUUAUUAAAACAAUCAGUAAAUUGUUUUAUUGAACAAGGUAAAAUAAUUGAAGCUGUUGAAUUAUAUAAACACGCUGGUCGAUUUUUAGAUGCUGCAGAAUUAUUGUAUAAAGAAGUUCAAAAAAUCAAACAGUUUUGUAAUAGAAAACCACUGUACAUGAAAAAAAUGUAUGUUCUUAUUGGUUUGUUAAUGGAACAAUACUACGAACAAAAUAAAACACAAGCCAAUGUAAAACCAAGGGAUCCUGCUUGUGGAGAAGGUGUAUUAAUGGCAAGCUCUACACUUGCUGGUCUACUAUUAACCGAACAAGAUCAUAAUUCAUUACAUUAUAAUAAUACAGAUUCAUGUACAACUAUUACCAAUAGUAAUAGUAAUAAUAAUAAUAAUAAUAAAAAACAAAUGAACAUUAUUAAACAAAAUAAUGAUAUAAUCAAUAAUGAAUCAGAAAUCUUACAAAAACAUAAUACAAAUGAAAUCAAUCGAUUAAUUGAUCAACCGUGGAGAGGUGCUGAAGCUUAUCAUUUUAUAAUGUUAACUGAAAAACAACUUUAUCAUGGUUUAUAUAAAUAUGCAUUUAGAACUGUUCAAUUAUUGAAAGAUUAUGAAGAUAUUUUAAAUCCAUUUAUAAUUUAUAGUUUAAUUGCUCUCUGUGCUAUUUAUGCAAGAAACUACGUUGUCUGUUCUAAAGCUUUUAUAAAAUUAGAAAGCUUUACAGAUAUCUCAUCAAUUGAACAGAAAGAACUUAAACAAUUAACUCUAGAUCUAUUUUCCAGACAUCAACCUAUAAACGAACAAGAUACAUCGGAGUCUCCUGAAAUGGAUUCAAUGUUAGAAAGUGAGACAAAAAUUCCUGUGUGUGUAGUCACUGGUCAACCGAUUACAGAUUAUCAAUUUUGGAUGUGUCCAACAUGUAAACAUUGUGCUUAUGAAAAUGAAAUAACGAAAUUGCACAAUUGUCCUUUAUGUCAUUUCCCUGUUCAAUAAAUAUUCAUUCUAAAUAUAUUUUAUUUGAAAAUAUAUAUCGUAUCUUGAAUA